ACUGUUUCAGAGACAGAGAUUGAGUGAGGGAGAGAGCGAAAAUGGUGGGCGCUCUGUAUGGAGAAUCAAGACUCGUCUCAUCUUUUCUAGGAGUUGGCGCAAACCAUUUUCUUCACUCUCGGCUGCCUCUUCACCAUGUCUUCAGCUGUAAUCCAGGGCGCAAACAUGUCUCAAUGCAACUACCCAGGGCGCUUUCUGGAUUAACCAACCUCUUGUUCAAUAGAAGAAAUUUGGACGAGACGCAAAAUAUGAAACGUAAACGUCUAAGACCUGGAAAAGUUUCUCCUCGUCGACCUGUUCCGGAUAAUAUACCAAGGCCUCCUUAUGUCAAAUCUAAGCGACCACCUGGAAUUGCUAGUGGACCUGAGGUGCAUGAUGAGAAGGGUAUAGAGUGUAUGAGAGCUUCUGGGAGGCUUGCAGCCAAAGUUUUAGAAUAUGCGGGGACAUUAGUCAAGCCAGGUAUUAUGACUGAUGAUAUUGACCAGGCUGUUCAUCAAAUGAUAAUUGAUAAUGGGGCCUAUCCGUCACCUCUGGGUUACGGUGGUUUUCCAAAGAGUGUAUGCACAUCAUUGAAUGAAUGCAUCUGCCAUGGAAUUCCAGAUUCCAGAGUUCUUGAGGAUGGUGAUAUUAUCAAUAUAGACGUUACCGUCUAUCUAAAUGGGUACCAUGGUGAUACUUCAGCAACUUUCUUUUGUGGAGAUGUUGAUGAUGAAGCCAGAAAACUUGUCCGGGUGACUAAAGAGUGCUUAGAUAAAGCAAUAUCCAUAUGCGCACCAGGAGUGGAGUUCAAGAAAAUUGGCAAAAUAAUUCACGACCAUGCAGACAAGUAUCGCUAUGGUGUCGUUCGACAGUUUGUUGGCCAUGGUGUUGGACGUGUGUUUCAUGCGGAUCCAGUUAUUCUUCACUUCAGGAACAAUGAUGGUGGGCGGAUGGUGUUGAAUCAAACCUUCACAAUUGAGCCAAUGCUAACUAUUGGUAGCAUAAAUCCCGUCAUGUGGGACGAUAACUGGACGGUUGUAACAGAAGAUGGAAGCCUAUCAGCACAAUUUGAGCACACCAUCUUAAUAACCAAUGAUGGAGCAGAAAUAUUAACGCAGUGUUGAGAACAAAAAUGGAUUGGAUGGCAAUGCUUUCAUAUUCCAAAAGGGGUAAUUUUUUCUUUACCUGAAGCUCAUAUUCAUUUACCGCCUCCAAAUUUAUAAAUCAAAAAACAUGGGGGCACCAUAAAGUUUUCCAUUCUCAUUGUCUAGUGGAAAACAAGCUAUUCAUUAUCACCCCUAAUUUUAUUAGUCAUCUGUACGUGCAUUCAAAUAUUUUACACUGAGGGCCACAGUCCUUUCCCGCAGAAAAAGAAUUCUGAAGUUAUUUCUUGAGAAAAACAGCUCUGUAUAAUGUAUUAAAUUUUGUUUGCUUCAAGUUAGUAUUCUUUUUUGUCUCCUGGAUCUGAGCCUUAGGGCGGGUAUAGGUCUCCCUGAGUAUAGGGGGAACUUUCCGUUAUAAAAAAAAAGUUUGUAUUCCUUUUAUCUUUCAA